UAUUAUAUAUUCGUUAGUAGUUAUCAUCAUCUUCAAUUCACAGUAUUCCUCACUGAAAAUCAUGAACUUGAUGAUGGAUUCCUCAUCAUUCACUACUACAGGCACAGUUUCAGUUUUAGCUCUUCUGUUGUUCACCCUAAUUAUCUUGAAGAUAUCCUUAUUCUCUGGUAGUACUAAGAAGAAAUACCAUCCAAUUGCAGGAACCAUUUUUAAUCAACUUCUUAACUUCAAAAGAUUACAUCAUUAUAUGACUGAUCUUGCUCGUAAGCAUAAAACUUACAGAUUACUGAGUCCUUUCCGAAGCGAAGUUUAUACUUCUGAUCCUGCUAAUGUUGAAUACAUCCUCAAAACCAAUUUCCAGAACUUUGGCAAGGGAUAUCAUAAUUAUCAUAUUCUCUCGGAUCUCCUAGGAGAUGGUAUAUUUGCUGUAGACGGUGAAAAAUGGCGUCACCAAAGGAAAGUAUCGAGCUACGAGUUCUCUACCAAGGUCUUGAGGGACUUCAGCAGUGCUGUUUUCCGGAAAAAUGCAGCGAAACUAGCUCGAAUUAUUUCCGAGGACUAUGUUAAAUCCGACAGCACCAUUGAUGCGCAAGAUUUGCUAAUGAAAUCAACUUUGGAUUCAAUAUUCAAAGUGGGGUUUGGCGUAGAAUUGAACAGUAUUGCUGGAUCCAGCGAAGGAACCCAGUUUGCUAACGCCUUUAACGACUCGAGUGCGAUGACUCUAUGGCGAUAUGUUGAUAUACUCUGGGAGAUUAAGAGGUUUCUAAAUGUUGGAUUUGAAGCCAAGCUAAAGAAAAAUAUCAAGAUUGUCGAUGAUUUCAUAAACAAGAUUAUAAGUAGCAAGAUCGAACAAGGCUCCAAGUCGGCAGAUGAUUCAUUGUCGAAUAAGAAGGAAGAUAUCCUGUCAAGAUUUCUAGAGUUAAAUGAAACAGAUCCAAGGUACUUGAGAGACAUAACCCUGAAUUUCUUAGUAGCUGGAAGAGAUACAACAGCUACAACUCUUUCAUGGUUUCUUUACAUGCUCUGUAAGAACCCUCACGUCCAAGAUAAAGCUGCAAAAGAAGUGAGAGAAGCAACUGAUGCCAAAGACAGCACACCAUUUGAUCAGUAUGUUGAGAGUGUCACUGAUGAUGCCCUGGACAAGAUGCAUUAUCUCCAUGCUGCUCUCGCUGAAACUCUUCGACUUUACCCCGCUGUCCCUGUGGAUGCUAAGAUUUGUUUCUCAGACGAUACGUUACCAGACGGAUAUAGUGUGCGAAAAGGUGAUAUGGUGGCUUAUCAACCGUAUGCAAUGGGUCGAAUGAAAUACAUAUGGGGUGAAGAUGCAGAGGAGUUUCGUCCAGAAAGAUGGCUGGACCAGGAUGGAUAUUUUAGAGGCGAAAGUUCUUUCAAGUUCACUGCAUUUCAGGCAGGGCCUCGUAUCUGUUUGGGAAAAGAAUUUGCCUACAGGCAGAUGAAGAUAUUUGCAGCUAUUUUAUUAGGGUGUUUCGUCUUCAAGAUGAAGGAUGAAAAUAAACCUGUCAACUACCGGACCAUGCUCAAUCUCCACAUCGACGAGGGCCUCUACCUUCAAGCGUCUCAUAGAAGCUCAAUCAUCAAUUAACUCGGCCCUGUUUUAAAGUUACUCUCGUGUAAAUGAAUGAAAUCCCGAAGUUUACAAUUAAUAUUCAUGCUUGUAAACCUUCUUAUUGAUGCUGUAAUAUGUAGCUAAACUAUGGCGCUAUGACGUUAUGGUAACAAGGUUGCAAUUCAAUAAGCCGGUGUCACUGUAGUACAGUGAUAAAAUCAUCUAGUGAUGAUACUAGUGAUCUGAGUUCGAAACUCGCCAGCACCAAACUCUUUAUCGAUUAAAAAAAAAUACAAUUUAAUAAAUGUUUGUUUAAUAAUAAGUAAUUAGAUAGUUGAUUAC